UUGAAACCUAUUAUAGUGAUGAAAUUUGACAUGAAAAAAAUGUCCCCUGGACUGCAAUUAUUAGGUAUCUGCAGAUUUUGUUGUUUUACUGCAAGGUUCAGAAGUUACAAGACCUCUUAUGCUAGAGACAUAUCACCAAGUGUUUUGAAAGAGAGACCAGAGAACUACUAGACAUGGGGAGUGAGCAUGUUGGGCAGGGAGGUUCCAUAAUGAAGGCCAACGGCGGCAAAGCGACGAUUUUGGCUCUUGGCAAGGCCUUCCCUCAUCAGCUUGUCAUGCAGGAUUUUCUGGUUGAUGGGUAUUUCAGAGAUACCAACUGUGAUGAUCCUGAACUUAAGCAGAAGCUGGCUCGACUCUGCAAGACAACAACAGUCAAAACUAGGUAUGUUGUCAUGUCAGAUGAGAUUCUAGAGAAGUACCCAGAGCUUACAACUGAAGGCACACCCACUAUAAAGCAAAGACUGCAUAUUUGUAACGAAGCUGUAACACAGAUGGCAAUUGAAGCUUCACGAGCUUGCAUCAAGAACUGGGGGAGACCUACUUCAGAUAUAACCCACUUAGUCUAUGUCUCAUCCAGUGAAGCUCGACUACCCGGUGGUGACGUUUACCUAGCAAAAGGACUUGGCCUCCGUCCCGAGACUCAAAGGGUCUUGCUUUACUUCUCAGGCUGCUCGGGUGGUGUGGCUGGCCUUCGUGUUGCCAAGGACAUUGCUGAGAACAAUCCAGGAAGCAGAGUUCUACUUGCUACUUCUGAAACCACUAUUAUUGGCUACAAACCACCAAGUACACAUAGACCGUAUGAUCUUGUUGGUGUUGCACUAUUUGGGGAUGGUGCUGGAGCCAUGUUGAUUGGCUCAGACCCUGACUUAAUCUCUGAAAAGCCUCUGUUUGAGCUUCACAAUGCCAUACAAGAGUUCCUGCCAGACACCGAGAAGACCAUUGAUGGAAGGGUCACAGAAGAGGGGAUUAGUUUCAAGCUAGCAAGAGAGCUUCCUCAGAUAAUUGAAGAUCACAUUGAAGGGUUCUGUGGGAGGUUGAUGGGAGUUCUUGGAUAUGAUAACAAGGAGUACAAUAAGAUGUUUUGGGCUGUUCAUCCAGGAGGUCCUGCAAUCUUGAACCGGUUGGAGAAGCGUCUUGAUUUGUUCCCAGAUAAGUUAAAUGCCAGCCGACGAGCUCUGACAGAUUAUGGCAACGCUAGCAGUAAUACCAUAGUGUAUGUGCUGGAGUACAUGAUAGAAGAGAGCAAGAAGAUCAAGAAGGAACAGCAAGAAGGAGAUGGUGAAUGGGGAUUGAUACUGGCUUUUGGACCUGGAAUUACUUUUGAGGGAAUUCUAGCAAGGAACCUUGCUGUCUAAGUAUAAAGCCAAAUCUUAGAUAGCUCACUAGAACUUUUAUAUCUGCUGUCAUUAGGCCACAUGAGGUGCUCUUAUGUUUAUGUAAUUGUCUUUCCAUUGAUUUCAAUUGAAUAUAUAAGACUGAAGUUCUUAAAG